AUAUAUAGUAUUGCUUUUUCAAAUAUCGUUGUGUUUCUUAAUUUUAAAAAGGAUGACGCAGAGUAGCUCCGGUUCAGACAAGUUUCACGGCAGCGGACGCUCUGUUAGUGAAGAAAAGUUAAUGGUCGCUGUGCGUGUGCGGCCCCUUCGUGCUGAUGAAGGUCCCCGGAUUGUCCACGUGGUCAGUGAUAAGAUGUUGGUCCUGGAAGAGGAAGCUGACAUGCGUAAAGACGUUCUUCGCCAACGACGUGUCAAUGACAAACAUUACAUCUACGACCGUGUUUUCGCUGAGGAAAGCACUCAAGAAGAGGUGUACGAGGCAGUUUGCGCGCCGCUCGUUGGUGACACCCUGAACGGUAUAGCGGGUGCUAUAUUUGCUUACGGCGCCACGGGGGCUGGCAAAACACACACCAUGACUGGCCUCAUGUCUCGAGCCCUCAACCAUCUUUUCACAUCAAUCGGUGAAAGCGACGAGCCAAACUCCUUUGAGGUGAAGAUGUCCUAUAUUGAAAUUUACAAUGAAAAUAUUCGUGAUCUUUUGAACCCUGGAGCUGGUUUCUUGGAACUUCGAGACGAGGGCAGCAGCGGUCCCUCGAUUGUGGCUGGUUUGAGUGAGAUCCGUGCCGAAAAUGCGACUCAUGUAGCCGAGCUCCUAGCUAAAGGGGAUCGCUCGCGGACUGCCGAGUCUACGUAUGCGAAUCAACACUCGUCCAGAGGUCACGCGUUACUUAGUGUAUCUGUGAGCAAGACAGUUACAAAGGGUGUCCAGCGAGGUCGCUUGUUCCUCAUCGACCUUGCUGGUUCUGAACGGGCGGGGGCGAGGGCUCGGAGACUGGAGGGCGCUCAUAUCAACCGCUCGUUACUCGCUCUUGGUAAUUGCAUCAUGGCGCUGUCAGGUGGCGCGAGGUAUGUGAACUACCGUGACUCCAAGUUGACCCGCCUCCUGCGCGAGGUUCUGGGCGGCAGGUGUCGCACCGCCAUGGUGGCUCACGUGUCCCCGGCGGCCGGCCACAGAGACACCACGCGCUCGACGCUACAUUACGCGCAGAGAGCGUCCGCCAUCACCAACAAGGUGGAACGUGAGUUCAUUGAAACUCCGAUGCAUUUAUCUCAAUACCGUACAGUCAUCAGUGAACUACGAGAGGAGAUAGCUCGCCUCAAGACCAAGAUGAGAGACGACCGUACAAAAAGCAGAGAGGAACCAAUAAUAGACGAGACGAUAUCGAAAGAAGAGUCCGAAGAGAACUCAGCGCAUCUGAAGAGUCUGAGGGAGGCGAUCGUGUCUACUUUCAAACAACAGAUGAGGCUGCGGCGCCGGCUGAUGGAGCUGGACAGCCACCUGCUGGGGCUCGCCCUGGACGCCGAGAGGCAGCACGCGGCCAUCUCUCACUGGGAGGCUCGCUUUAACAGGCUAUACAAACCUAUCAACUUCACCGGCUCCAGAAUGAGCACACAGCAAAGUUAUAGGGGCGGUGGGGGCAGUAGCGGCAGCGAGCGCGCGGAGGCCGAGGUCUCAGUGGAACAGGCCUGGGCUGAACUCGCGGCUGUCGAGAGGGAACAGGAGGCCGCGAGGACAGAGAGGCUGAGGGUUGAGAGACAGCUGGAGCAAGUCAGGCUGAGAGGAGCCCAGCUCGAACAGGAACUACCAGCGCACAUAUCAAGUGGUCCUGAACGAGAAGUAUUAGCUUUGGUUUGUCGAGUUCAUGAACUGGAGGCUGACAAGUUAGCGCUGCAGGGAGAACGUGCAGCGAGAUCACACGAACUGAGGCGGAGGGAUCUAGCGCUGCAGCGGCGAGACGCGCAGAGGAGGCUCACUGAUGAAAUUAUUACCAGGCAGAGACGGGCGCUGGAGGAGUACGGCGCAGGGGCGCAGGCGGAUCUGGCGCAGCUCUACGAACUGUACCAGCAAGAGAUACACGCCUCCACCUACACGGAGACCAACGAGUACUACUCGCCGUACCGUUUACCGCCGAUAUCCACCAGCAUGUCAGAAUUGACUUGGUCGGAGAGCUCGAGCGGCUCGGGUAGAGGCUCGAGCUCGGGCUCGGGGGGAACAUUUGCCUUGGACCGUCUGCCACAGCUCGCGCCCACUCCUCGACCGCGCACCCGGUAUAGUCAAGCGAGUGCCACAACCCUGAAGCGUUACUCGAGCGAUGACAGUCUCGUCAUCACCGCGCCGCGCGCCAGCGACAGGGCCGCUUGAAGCGUUCUCAGUCACUCGAGGAUCCAAGCAUUUUGAGAUAUUAGGAGCGCUGGAGCGCGUACUGUGGAGGGAUGGAGAUCUGUGUCUGAGUGGAUCAUGAUCUGUGUAGUUUAGUGUCGGAAUCGUAAGAAAAAAUACAAGGUUUCCUAUAUGUUGUAAUCGUAACCGUACAAUAAUAACAAUCUAAAAAUAAGAUUUUAUGUACACCGAUAUCUGUGUAACUCUUCUUUGAGUGCAAUAAUGUUAGAAUAAUACAAAGUUCUAAAUUUAAAAUUGUAAAAAAAAAAUAGGAACAAUAGGACUUCUGUUUUAAAAUGAACGAAUGAACGAAUUUCUAUAAAAAUGGAUCUCAUUCUCUCGGGAUAAAGCCUACAUGUUCCAAUGUAUAGUUAUAUAUACUUGCCUUUAAUAAAGUAAUUUUCUGCUUUAAAUGUAAUAUAUUAAUAACGAACAUGUUUUUAUGUAAGUUGUUUGAAUUUGUAAAUAAAAUAACAUAAUUUUAAAAGCCUUGUGUUUUUGAUUUUCGCUUGGAGCAAACAAACAUUAUAUUUGUUUUAAGCUUACGA